AAAGUCCGAGGCACCCCCUCCCUCCCUCAUAAAUUCAGCUGGGCCCCCCUCCCCACAGCGACCACCCCACACUUCUUAUAUCUCCGCAGAUCCUCAUUCUCAUUUUUCCCUACUGCGAGCGUCUGGCCUCAAGAACAAAUGGAGGGGUACAGCAACGGCUACAGCGACAACACGGUGACGAGGAGGGUUCAGAUUCCGGCGUUUGGCGACUGGGAUUACUGCGACGAGAUGCCGAUCACUCAGUACUUUGAGUCCGCGAUGCAGGCCGGGCUGAUCAGGGGCCAUUUCUUCGCUGACGAGGAUGCCGGCCUCUUCAAAGCCCACCCUCCUCCUGCUCCUGCUCCUCCUCCCCGCUCCAAGCCUGCUCCUCGCUCCAAAAAGGUGAAGGGAGGAGGAGGAGGAGGAGGGGAGAAGAGGCAGCAGCAAGCGAAGGAGCAGUUGAGGAAGCAAGGGAGGGUGUACGACCUGACCCCGCAGAGCCCGAGGAAACCAGCGAGGGCGCCCAAGGCCGUGGACGAGGAUUUGUACAAAAUCCCCCCCGAGCUCCUCCGCCAAAAGCCCAAGAGGAAGAGGAUGCUGAGGAAAUUGUUGUCAGGGUGCCUGGGCCUCAACUGUGUUGCUUGAGAGCUGAGCUUUGGAGAGGAACAGCGGGGGGAUAAGAGAGGAUGACAGCGUUAAAAGAUCCUAGCUUUUGCUGCUUCGACUGAACUCACCUUGGCUUUUUCUUGUUUUUUUUUUAUUGCAAUUUUUUUUUAAUCAGUGUGAUGGGAUAUAUUGUAAGACACUUGUCUUUUUGGUAAGCAAAUAUAUUGUAAGAAAUAGCGGGGGGAAUGUUUGUUAAUGGUGACCUGUUAUAGCUUCUGCUGUGCAUUUUUGCUUGAAAUAUA